AUUAUAAAAUCGACAAGAAGGAAGGUAGUGACAGCGAAAGCAACCGUGUUGACCAGUCAGUGAAACAUACGAAACAUACUGUUGAUACCAUUCUUGUCUUCUUCAAUAUUGCCAAUCUGUAAAGUAUGAUGACGUGGAUAUUUUCUACCUUGGUAGGUUUGUCGCUUUGGAUUGUUCUGAUAACAACAGACACAAAUGCAGCUCUUGUCAACGUUGCCCUUGGAAAACCAGCCAGCAUGCCAAGUAUCAGGGGGUUAACCUGGACUGCUGAUUUAGGCAAUGAUGGUAACGCUGAUGACAACUUUUUUAACAAUCAUUGUUUCCAAACUGAUACUGAAAUGAGCCCAUGGUGGCAAGUUGAUCUUCAAGAUGUUUAUUACAUAAGUCAAUUGAACAUCACCAACAGGAGGGACUGCUGUACCGAUAGAGCUGCGAAUGUUGAAAUUUCCGUAGCGACGGACGGUCCGAGUAAUUGGACUGUGGUAGCGUAUCAGGAAGGUCAAAUGGGUCUUUUCAAAUCGUUCACAUUUGAUACAGUGAAAGCUCGUUACAUCAGGGUAACUUUAAGAAACGAAGAAUCAAUUUUUCAUCUAUGUGAAGUGGAAGUAUUUGGAGAAAUUACUCCCGUCGAUGACUGUGCUGAUAGUCCAUGUUUGAACGGCGGCGUGUGCACUGAUGAGAUCAAUAGCUACACUUGUCAAUGUACACAAGGGUUUUAUGGAAAUAAUUGUGGACAAGGUAAAUAUAUCUUUGUUAGUUUGUACAGUCAUGUUAAAACACGGUUGCAAAACUUAUGAAUGUACUCGUUCUUA